UCUUCUUGUCAUUUUCCUCCCAACCAUUUUCUACUUUGGCCAACUUUUUUUCUUUUGUUACUUAGAAAGAAAAGAAAAAUAAAAAUGCAAAUCUCCACUCACACAUUAUACAUUCUCUUUUUACAAUCCUUAGAUUGUCCCUUUUGCCUUCUUCCUCUUGUUCUCUUCCCACUUUACUCCUGAUUCUCUUCCUUUCGGAAUUUCAUCGAACUACUCAACAACCCUAUUUACGUUUAUUUUAUUAUGCAAUAUUCUCAUGCAGAUUAAAUAAUCAGAAAAAUAGACCUUUUUCCUCCGUAUAUAAAUAGGCACAACACACGUAAACAUGGACCCAAACCCUAUAGUAAACACUCUCAACGACUCAUAUCAUUACCACUAAUAUUAUACUUGUACGUCAUGAGUUCAAUGGCAAGAGACCGAAAAGAACAAAUGGUGAUCCAGUCUUCCAUCGUCUUGCUUCAAGAAAGAUUCCGACAACUUCAGAGAGCACGGGAGUUAAGAGCUGAGCGAGAGCUCCUUAACCCUAAACCUAACAACCAAGACAACAUCUUGCAAUAUUACAGCGAACCCACGAGCUUUGAUUUCUUCCAGUUUCUACCUCUAAACUCUCAAACAUCCUCGUCACAGCAGCUUCUCUCCCUCUCCUUAUGUCCACACUCCACCUCUGAAUCCAUUGAAAAGCCAAGCUUUUGUCAUCAGUGGCCAACUAAAGACGAUAAGAAGAUUGGUGGGUUUGAUCGAUUCGACGAUGUUGACACGUCUCUCCAUCUCUAAAACUUGUUCCGAUCCGAUCCAUCUUUUUCCUUUCCUUUUAGUUUAUAAAUAUGUAUGUAUAACCUUUUUUUUGGUCGGUAUGAUCCUUUAAAGAGUCAUGUAGGUGGUGGUGAUAUGUAUGGUUAAAAUGGAAAUCAGAUAUAUAUAUAUAUAUAUAUAUAUAUUGAUUAUUUCGAAGUUAAUGAUUAUGUUUAUGUUUUAUA